UGGUCAUUAAGCCAAUAACAUCAUCCAUCAAACUUCUUAUAUAAAGUGAAAAAAAUAAUCUUAAUUUAUCAAGAAUCAAUACGUAAUAUUUACCCACAUAACCUAAUUUAUUUGCUUUAUACUAUUAAUCACCAUCAAUCUGAAACAGGAAUAAACAUUGGUAAUCCCUCACAUCGUGACGCUGCUUUACUGCCAAGGUUGACCAUUAAUUUGAGACCUUAGUUGAUCUGGUAAACUUUAAUGUGAAAGUUCACAAGAGAAGAUGAAAUCAUUGGAAGGAAUAUUAUAAAAGCACCACUUUGAUAUUAUUUCAUGUGUUGUUUGUUUUGAUUUUCUAAUAUUUUUGUUACUAGUAUGAUAUUUGUGACUGGAUGAUGUAGAUUUAGAACAACUUUGGAAUACAGAAAUUAACCUAUAUAGCUGAUGACAGAAUAUAAAACAUGAGACUAUGAGAUGAGAAGGAGAACAUCUCCUAUUUCCUCUUUUAUCCCACUAAGCACAAAGAUCAGCAGAAGGCAUGUCAUACUGCCUCUUGGACAAUGAAAGUGCCCAGCUGUGUAUGGCUAUCAGAAUGGGAACCAUCUCUGACAUCCAGGCUCUCGUGGACGCAGGGGUAGCGGUCAACUCAGCUGACCAGAAUGGGGAGACAGCCCUACAUGUGGCCGCCUGGGUAGGAGAACAGACCAUGACACAGGAGCUACUGGACAGUGGUGCUGAGACUAAUGUACAGAACCAGAACGGCCAGACCCCACUGCAUAUAGCUGCUGGGAGAGGACAUGAUACUGUGGUUCACUGCCUGCUCAGGGACGGCUGUGAUGUGAACACGAAAACUAAGUACACUGAGAUGACCGCCCUCCACUUGGCCUCACAGAAUGGUCACACCCAGGUGGUCAGGUUACUUCUCCAGUAUGGAGCGGAUGUGGAUACACAAGAUGUGGUUUACAAAACAGCCGAUUUCUAUGCUGCCGAUGCUGAAAUAGCACAACUCCUAGGCAAACACAGAGCUAUGCUUGAGGAGCAAAGACAGGCCAUCGAAGCUGAGAAAAUAGCAGCUCUAAAUGCCGCUGAACACAAUAAAGCUAUGUUAAAAGAUAAGAAGAUGAAAUAUAGCAAGGAUCAUCGGAAAAUCAUGAAGAAGAAUGUAUUUGACAGGCUUACAAGGACUAAAUCACAACUACUCAAAGAUUGAGAAUAUUUCCAUCGAGAUGACAGAUAUUAUAUUGUACUCAGUGUUUGUGUACUGGUAGUUUUGUUUCCUUUAAAGACAUUAUAGCCCAGUGACAUGGAGUCUUGUGUUUUAUUAUCUUCAAAAGUAAUGAAAACAUUCCGUACAUACAUGUAGGAACUAAUUUUGUACUAACAUGUUGUAACUAAUUCUGUACAUACACUAACUACUAACUACUAACUAGUUUUUCUAGUUAUAUUUUUCACAUUUAUUUUCAUUGUGCCAUAUAUUAAGUAAAACAAAAGCAUUUCUAAUAUUUGAGUCUAAUUCAAUGUAAUUUUUUACAUGGACAUUAAUUUAAGAAAAGAAUCAAAAUCAAUCAUCUGACUGUUUUAACUACAAAAUUAAAAGCUACAAGUUCUCUACAAUAUAAUAAUGUAGGUUACAAAGCUAAUAAUAUGCAAAUCUGCAACAAAAUAAUGCCAUAUACAUUUACACAUGAAGAGC